UGUAGACAGGUUUAAUCAGAAGCCUAUAUACAACUGAGCCCAGGCUGUUCUGGGUUCUCCCACUCUCCCCACCAUUUGCUCUUCACCCACGACAGACUUUCGCUGCCCAGCACCCUUCCUAUACCAGCACCCAGGUAACAUGCUCGUGUACUACCAGAGGCAGUAAAUAGUUGGAGAGAAUUGGGGUAAGGGGCAGAAGGCGAGGGGAGCGGUGGAGCAUGCGUGGAAGGAAGCAUUCCACGCAUGCUCAGCAGUCAGGGCAGCUUCCUGAGGCGAUUAAUAGCUGUGUUUCUCACACCUUCUCUUCUCUUCCGCGCAGUGACAGCCGAGCUUCCCCUUCCGGCAGCUGCUGCAGAGGCGGAGUGGCUUUUCCUCUCUGCUCAGUUCCGGACUAGCACCACUUCUUCCUUUACCCAAGGUCUCCGGUUCCUCUGCAUUGGUGAAAAUGAGAGUUAGAAACGCUCGGCAGAUCCUGCUCUUCUGUGCGGCAGUUGCUAUACUUGGUCAGACUUUGGAUGCACAUUUUGUGGAAGAGUUAGAUGAAUCGUUUUGUUCCUGAAAUGGGAUUUUCUCCUGGAACUGAGUUAUGACACAGAUAGACCUUCUGGAUUUAAAGACAAUCGGAAAAAUAGCAUUUGGCUUGUAGAUGUCAGGGGAUAAGUUUAAAUCUUAUGACAUGGAAGGGCUACGGACAAUUUAUUAUGGCUCUUCAACAGGUGGACCUGGCCAAGACCCCAGCCAUCUGGUGGCAGAAAAGUUCUAUGCGCCAUGGUGUGCACACUGCAGAAGACUGGAACCAGUUUGGAAUGAAGUUGGUUUAGAGAUGAGAAAGCUUCAGUCUCCAGUUAAAGUUGGAAAGAUGGAUGCUACUUCCUAUACUAGCAUUGCUUCAGAGUUUGGAGUUAGAGGAUAUCCAACAAUUAAGCUGUUAAAAAAUGACCUGGCAUAUAACUACCGAGGGCCUAGAACUAAAGAUGAUAUCAUUGAAUUUGCUCAUAGAGUGUCUGGGGCUCUAAUCCGUCCACUUCCAAGUCAACAGAUGUUUGAGCAUGUGAAGAAGAGGCAUCGUGUACUAUUUCUUUAUGUUGGAGGAGAGUCACCUUUAAAGGAGAAAUACAUAGAAGUUGCUUCAGAAUUAAUUGUUUAUACCUACUUCUUCUCAGCCUCAGAAGAGGUUAUACCUGAGUAUGUAACCCUGAAUGAGAUGCCUGCUGUUCUUGUUUUCAAAGAUGAAACUUAUUUUGUAUAUGAUGAAUAUGAAGACGGAGAUCUUAAAUCCUGGGUCAACAGAGAGCGAUUUCAGAGUUAUCUUACUGUGGAUGGCUUUACCCUCUAUGAACUUACAGACACAGGAAAACUUAUUAUCAUAGCAGUUAUUGAUGGGAAAAAUGCAACAAUUGAACAUACAAGAAUGAAGGAAUUUGUUCAAGAAGUAGCUAAAGAUUAUAGAAAUCGUUUUCACAGGAGAGAUUUUCAGUUUGGACACAUAGAUGGAACUGACUAUGUAAAUAACAUGCUGAUGGAAGAAUUGAAUGUUCCAACUGUAGUUAUAAUAAAUACUUCAAACCAUCAGUAUUACCUGCCAACUAGACAUAUUGAGACUCUUGAAGAUGUGAUGCAGUUCAUUAAUGAUAUUUUGGAUGGCACAAUAGAAGGCCGAGGUGGUGAUGGAAUUUUGCAGAGAUUGAAAAGAAUAUUUUAUGAUAUUAGGACUACUGUUGUGUCUGUAUUCAGAAGCUCACCAUUUUUGGGCUGCUUUCUCUUUGGCCUGCCACUGGGUGUCAUCAGUAUCAUGUGUUAUGGAAUCUACACAGCUGACACAGAUGUAGCUUAUACAGAAGAACGAAUUGAAGUAUCUAAAACGGAAAUUGAAACUCGAGAUGAAAACAAUGAGGAAGAAAAAAAGGAAGAAAACAAUGAAAAUUCUCUAGUACUUUCAGAUGCAGAGCAAGAACCCAAAGAUAUAAUGGAAAAGAAAAAUGACUGAGUCUCCUAUCACUUAGGAUAUUUGAUAGGAUUUCUAAUAAAAAAAAAAAACUUAUUUAUUGAAUUUAGGCAUUUAAUCAUGAUCUUUGCUGAGAAAAACAUCUAAUCUGUAUUUUACUAAUGUUGAUUACAUGGACUAAAUCUUCCCAUAUUUGGAAGAAAGGUGGGUCAUAUUGAUAAGAAAUGAAAUAUUUAUCUUUCAUUUUUUAAAAAGUAGUCUUUGAGGUUUUAAAGAUCAUAAUGAGAAACUAAAUCAGUUUGUAUAUUCCCUUACCUGAAUAUUGUCUGGCAAAGUUGAGGUUCUGGGGAAGAAUAUUUACAUCUUUCAGUGAGGCAGAAGACAUUUUUGCUUAGAACAAUAAGGCAAUUACUUUUGAAAAAAUUAAAAGUUGGUGUUUAUCUUAGUCAUUUCAAAGAGAGGACUUUGAAUGUCUAAAAUUUGUAAUGAUUUCUCCCACAUAUGACAACCACUCAUGUUAUUUAGACUUUGAUAGAUAAAAAUAAUUUGACUUUACAUCACAUGCUAGUUUUAUUUUGGUUAAAAGAACACAUUUUAUUUUUUUGCAUUAUCAUGAAAAUUUUUUUAGUCUCCCUCCCAAACCCUAAAUCAGCAACCCCAUGCUUUACCUCAGUGUCUUGAGGAAAAUUAUUUAAAGAAAUACUUUUAGACCAGUCAAAAUCAUUAGAUUUGCUAUUCCACAGAAAAUUUCACUCCACUGUGUAGACUAUAUUUAGGUAACCUAACUUUUAAAAGUUGUUGGCAUUAAGUUAUGUAAUGUCAUAAAACAAAAAUUCUUAUAAAAGGAUAUCUAUUAAGGUCAUCCACACAUCUCCUUAUGGACCCUCUCCUUUUAUUUUAUACUCUUAUUUAAAUAUUUCACUAAAUUUAUACAGAGUAAUGUCUAUAAAUUGUUAUUUUUACACGACAGUGUUAUUUAUUUUAGUUUGGGUCUAUAUUGAUAAUUUUUUUUUAGCUACCAUUUGAACAGUAAGCUUUCAGUUGUUUGUGCAUUUAAUCUUCACAAAAUCAUGUUAUCCCCUAUAAUGUAUUUUUAUUAAAUCAUGAAUUAUAAAAGUGAUUUCUAAUUCAAGUCCGUGCUACUGAAAGUGUAAGUUAUCUUGUGUUCUGUUCCCAAGGGGCUAUAAAACUUUUGAUUAGCACUGAGGCCACAGAGCUCUCUACAGAAACUAAACUUAAACUCUUGAUGUUAUAAGUACUGAGACAAUGUUAACGUCAAUUUCAUUGUGAUUUCUUGGGCUCGUGUUUUUUAACAUUUCUUAUUGCAGCACUCAUUCGUUAAAUACCUGCCAGCUUCAUUACUUUUCAAUGAAACAAAUAUGUUGUGACUCUGAAUUAUGUUCCUAAAUGAAACUUUUAACUAGUAAUGAUAUACUAUGUAUAAUGUUUUGGCAGAUUCCAUUCCAGGUAGUACUCAUUCGUUCUCUGUUUUGAACAUGAAUGUUAGCUUUCAUAUUAUAUAACACUUAAAUUUUUAUGGCUUCAGUGCAAAGUUUAGAAAAUUAUUGAUGCCUAUAUUGUGUAAGUAUGAAUGCUAAAGAAUCAUGGAUAUGAGGAAAUUGUUCUGAAAAAGGUCAUUGGUUUCUUUUGAACAUGUUUCUUUGUCAGAUUUAGUUGUCAGCAUGAUUUUGGACCUUGAAAAUCAAAUACCCAUCUAUAAUCUCAACCUAAAAAUGAGUAACCUCAAGAAAAAUAAAAAUCUAUUAUGUGUACAGAAUAACCCAGUGAUCUUAAGUAUUCUGAAGGUUCAUAUAUAUGAUUUAGUGGUUUCAUUUUAUUUCUUUUUUAAACUCUAUAACUUUGCUCCUGAUUUUUUUUUUGGUCCUACUUUACAUUUUUUUUUAAAUUUCUGUGUCAGGAAGAUUUUACUUUUAGUGCCUGAAGAGUAGAUGACUCCAUUAUCACUUUUUUUAAAAAUUGUCCUUUUUUUAAAAAAAAAACUUCAGACAGACUAGGAAUUUUUAAAAAAUUAUUUCAUCUGCCAAUUGAUUUAAUAUAACUUUUGUUUAUUAUUGUACUUUUCUGUAAUCUUGCCUGGGAAAAAUGUGAGCAAAGUUAUAUUGUCAGAAAAAAAAUAUAAAGUCAGACUCCUUGUUUACUAAUUUUUUUCCAAGAAGAACACAGCUACCAGUGGUUUGUGGGGUGCAUCAUGUUAAAAUGAAACAACUACAGUGUGAAAAAUUAUGUGGUAAUUUAGAUUUUGGCCCUUAUUGAAAUUAAGGAGUUUUUUCUUUUUUUUUUAAUUCAAGCAUAAUUUGAGUAUCUUAUGUAGAAUUCAGAAGGUUUGCAGAUGCUUGCUGCUACUAAACUGGUGCCUAAGUGAUAUUUUAAAUUAGAUUUUUUUCAGCAUUUUCAAAGAGAAAUCUGGUCAAUAUUUUUUUCUCAACCAGCCUAUAUGCCUCACCCCAAAUUCUCUUUCUUUUUUACAUCAUUUCUUCCUUUGGCUAAAACAGCCUAAAUCUUUAUAGAGGAGAUUUCUGAUGAGAGUUUCUGUCUCAGUUUCUGUAUUCUCUCUUAACAGACACCUGCUGUGGAAAUACUAUACCAAAUAUCUGGUGGACUGUGCAGCCUAAGUUUGUAAAAGGCAUUUGUCUCACUCAGGUACAGAUGAGUCAUUAAAAUAACCAGCUAUGCUGUUGUUUUGUUUUGUUUUGUUUUUUAUUAAGCAAUUUAAAUGCACUCAUGUUCUUGUCAGUACUCCAUCCCAGAAAUACAUUUCUGUGGUGUGAUGAGCAAAAAAAAUCACAUACCUAUUCUUAAUAUCUUGAUAUUGUUGUAAUAAAUUAGUAUGAGAAAAGACAGGUUUGUGACUUAAUUUGUGAGACUGGUUUUGGCAUUUUAUUUUUAUAUAUAUAUUUUUUUCCUGAAAGAAAUUAGAUGUCUGAGUCCAAGAGAGGGCAAAAAAUAAUUUUCUAUUACUUUACCUUGGACUAAUUCUGUGUUUCUGAAAAUCUAACAUGCUGAAUUUAUGAUAUGCUGCCUUAUGUGUACUACAUGUAAAUCUUUGUUUUUCUAUAAUAAAUUAAUUGAAAAGAUA